AUGUCUACCACACAUAGCAGUUUAGAUGCUGCUGCCAUCGACAGAAAAGCUCGCUUGGCGAAACUCGCAUCUCUGAAGCGCAAGCAACCUGGCUCCCACUCUACCGUUUCAAGCCUACAAGAGGACAGCGAUGAGAGGCACGAGGAGAAAGCGUCUGAAUCUACAACUGAUCAGUAUCUGUCGGGCCGAAAUUACGAUCUAACCACGAAAAACGCCAAACUCGGAUUCGAAAAUGUCCCAAUUGGUGGCGACGUCGAGACCGUCGAAGAGCAGGCCGACCGCAUCCUCGCAUCCACUGCAGAGCAAGCUGCCAAAGAUGAGCUGGAAGCAGAGAAGGGCAUCGACCUGUUCAAGCUGCAGCCCAAGAAGCCAAAUUGGGACUUGAAAAGAGACUUGGCGGAGAAGAUGAAGAUUCUGGACGUGCGCACACAAAAUGCUAUUGCGCGUCUGGUGAGAGAACGCAUCGAGAAUGCAAAGAAACAGGCUCUGGAAAAGAAAGCUGUUCAAAGGCAGCCCACAGCAGAGAAAGGAGACGAAGGAGAGGAGGUCGGAAUCGAAGGAAACACUCUUGUUGAGAGCAUACAUCUACGAGAGCAGGAGGAGCAGCGAGAGGCUGCCCUGGAGGACGAAGAACAAGAUGGCAUUUCAUGA